AUGGCUCAGAAAAGAAACGUGACGUUUGCGCAGGAAUUUGCGGCCGGAGCGGGAGCGGGUGUUUCGGAGGUACCCCCUGGACGUCGUCAAGACCAGGCUCUGCAGCGGUCAAAGAGCCUCUCGGCGGAGUCGUACCGGGGUGUGAUGGACUGCUUCGCGAAGAUCAUCAGACAUGAAGGAGCAGUCAAAUUCUCGUCCAACGACAUCUUCACCAGACAAUACCUGAGCUUCCUCGGCGCCCCGGAAAUCAAUCAGACCGUAGCGCUCCUCGCCGGCUCGAGCGCCGGCGCCGUGGAAGCCGUGGUGGUGACGCCGUUCGAGCUCGUCAAGGUCCGACUGCAAGACCCCUCUGUUGCGAGCAGAUACAAGUCCGUGACGCGGUGCGUAGCCCACGUCGUCAAGAGCGAGGGCGUCCUCGUGCUGUACCAAGGCUUCGAGAGCACCCUGUGGCGCCACAUCGUCUGGAACGCCGGGUACUUUGGGAGUAUCUUCAAAGUCAAGGCGGCGCUGCCCACGCCCUCAACGGACAUCGAGAAGACCCUCACGAACUUCGUCACCGGCGCAAUCGGCGGCAGUUUGGGCACCGUGCUCAACACGCCCCUGGACGUGGUCAAGACGAGGAUCCAGGCGUCGACCCGGACAAAUGGUGCCGUGGCAAAAUAUAACUGGGUCUUUCCGGCGUUGAUCACAGUGGCGCGCGAAGAGGGUGUUCGCGGUCUGUAUAAAGGCCUGACUGCGAAGCUUCUGCGGUUCUGUCCCGGAGGAGGUAUCUUGUUGGUAGCGCACAGUCAGAUUCUGAACAUGUUUGAGGCGUCGAACAAUGCGAGGACGUUGAAGCAGGAUCUGUGA